UUUAAGCAUAAACAAACAUAGCCUAAUUUGGCAAACAGAAUUAGUUAUGAUGGCAUUACCAACAUGUUUUAUAGCUUUACUCUUUGCUUUUGCAUUGUUUUCCACUGCAGUGAAGGCACUGAGCUCCGAUUACUACGACCAAACAUGCCCUAACGCAGAGUCAAUGAUCACCAAAGUUGUCAAGAAUGCUAUGUUGAAUGACAAAACAGUUCCAGCCGCGCUUUUAAGGAUGCAUUUUCAUGAUUGUUUCGUUAGAGGUUGUGAUGCUUCUGUACUGCUGAACUCAACAAGAAGCAACAAAGCAGAGAAAGAUGGACCUCCUAACAUCUCAUUGCACGCAUUCUAUGUCAUCGAUGUUGUUAAGAAACAAAUCGAGGACUUGUGUCCUGGAGUUGUCUCUUGUGCUGAUAUUGUUGCUCUCGCUGCUCGUGAUGCUGUUGCUCUUUCUGGAGGUCCUAGUUGGGAAGUGCCAAAAGGUAGAAAAGAUGGAAGAAUCUCUAAAGCCAUUGAAACGCGACAACUACCUUCUCCUACGUUCAACAUUUCUCAGCUCCAACAAAACUUUGGCCAAAGAGGCCUUUCUUUGGAUGAUUUGGUUGCACUUUCAGGAGGGCACACACUUGGAUUCUCUCAUUGUUCUUCCUUCCAAAACAGAAUCCACAAUUUCGACAAACGUCACAAUGUUGAUCCAACACUACAAGCAUCAUUUGCUGCCAGUCUACAGAACGUUUGCCCUGCGCACAACAAGGUCAGAAAUGCAGGCGCCACAAUGGAUUCUACAACAACUUUAUUCGACAACGCCUACUACAAGCUACUAAUGAAUGGCAAUAGCCUUUUCUCUUCAGAUGAAUCUCUGCUCACAGAUUCAAGGACCAAAAGACUAGUUUCAAAGUAUGCUACCUCUCAAGAUGACUUCUUUAAAGCAUUCGCCAAUUCGAUGAUCAAGAUGAGUAGUAUCAGUGGUAAUGGACAAGAAGUUAGACUGGACUGCAGAUUCGUUAGGUGA